GGGGUUUUCCAGUCAGAUUUACUCCCCCUCGGUGAGCGGAGAAGAGAGCGAGAUAACUGCUUGCACAUCAGCCAGACUCUGAUAGAGGAACUAAGGACUUUGGACUUCCAAGACUCAUUUAUUUUUCAUCAAGCUCUAGCGCGUACUGAUUAAGAAAGCAUCUGAGGAAACGCGUAGACCAGUUGUGCAGUAAACAGACUAACAUCUCGCUAGCGGUCGGUCCGCUGUUUUAGCCUCUUCAGAAAACAACUAGUUUGAUAUUGUUUGUGAACUUUAGCUUAGAUUUACUAUCGUUCUCGGUUACUCCAACUCGUUUAUUUUGCUUUUUCUAAAUACCUUUUAACACCUGGAGCGAUGUCCAGCCUGCCAACCGUCAGACCCGAGAAGGGCAGACCGGAAGUGGUGUUACCUGGGCAACAAGCGCCGCAUGAGCGUCCUCAGACUGUCUACGUCAUAUUAGACUCCUCAGCCGAAUCUGUCAAUCUCAUCAGCGUUGAACCCCUUCUGCCUGAGUCUGGGAUAGUGGCAGAUAUUGAGGUCGAAGGCGUUUUCUCCAACGAUUCGGACACGUUUUACGAGCUGAAGAGUCAACCCAUCACCUCGAGUGGCUCUCUGGCCUCUGCUGACCCCGUGACCCCAGCCGGCUCCGUGAUGACGUCACGCGUGUUGAUGAGGCAGGAGCUGAUGCGACAGCAGGCUCAGGACCAGGAGAGACGGGAGGCCCAGAAACAGGCCUCCAACGCACAGAGACCCGCUGACGCCACCCCAGCCAUCUCGGUCGCAUCCGCCUUGCCGGCCACCCCGACCCAGGUGCCUGUGGAAGUGCUGAAGGUUCAAACUCAUUUGGAAAACCCAACGAAGUACCACAUUCAACAAGCUCAGAGGCAGCAAGUGAAGCAAUACCUCUCUCACACCCUUGGCAAUAAAAUUGCCAAUCAGACGUUGGUGAAAUCGGCCUCGCCCCAGCCCGCCUCCGCCCCCGAGUUGGCCCCUGCCGCCAGUAGCACUCCCAGCAGCCCGCUGGCUGUGCUCAGCCUAGGAUCAAACAAAGAAGAGAUCGAAGACGUCAUCGAUGACAUCAUCAGCCUUGAGUCCAGUUUAAACGAUGAGUUUAUGACACUGAUCGACUCGGGUUUGCAGCUUCCCAACACGCUGCCAGUCUCAGGAAACCUCCUGGAUGUGUACAGCAGUCAGGGCAUGGCGGCGCCCACCAUCACCGUCAGCAGCUCCUGCCCUGCAGACCUGCAUAAUGUGAAGAGAGAGUUGAGCGAUGCCGAGGCCAAAGCUAUGAUGAAGGAGAGACAGAAAAAAGACAACCAUAACUUGAUUGAGAGGAGAAGACGGUUCAACAUUAACGACCGCAUUAAGGAACUUGGAGCUCUCAUUCCAAAGUCCUCUGACCCCGAGAUGCGCUGGAACAAGGGUACCAUCCUAAAGGCGUCGGUCGACUACAUCCGUAAGCUACAGAAGGAACAGCAGAGGGCCAAAGAAAUGGAGACGAGACAGAAGAAGCUUGAACACGCCAACCGCAGCCUGCUGCUGCGCAUUCAGGAGCUGGAAAUGCAAGCUCGUCUCCACGGCAUCUCGUCGUCUCAGAUCUCUGAUGCCGCGCUGACCCAGACGCAGACUUUAACUCUGGAUCACAACCCCAGCGCUGACCUCUCCAAGACCCUUCUGUCCCUCAACCAGACCACGCCCUCUACUUUCUUAUCUCCGCCUUCUUCCACCUCCUCGGUGGGCGGGACGGUCACCAGCCCUCUGGACCUCGGCACGCUCAGCUUCAGCGAGCUGGACGACCCCGCGGCCUCCGUGUUCAACCCAGCCCUGAUGGCGGAUAUGGGCUUAGGGGAUAUUUUGAUGGACGACAGCGGCGCUCUAUCGCCCGUAGGGGGCGCCGAUCCCCUGCUUUCCUCGGUUUCCCCCGGAGCGUCCAAAACGAGCAGUCGUAGAAGUAGCUUCAGCAUGGAAGAAGACUUGUGACGUCCUCAAUUCGGACGAUAGUUUACACGUUGCGAAUCCUGCUUGCGCGCUCCAUUGUCGGCCAGUAGAGGGCAGUGUAAUCCUAAAGUUUUUAGUAAUCGCUGUACUGUAGAAGUCUGAGAUCCUCAAGACUUGACGCAAGUAUAGAAAGACUUCGGGAGCAGACGCUGACGUUUAGACCCUUGUUUAUCAUCUGGACCUCGGAUAAAUCUAUAGAAGAAUAUAUGUACAUAGAGUAGAUUUAGUGCUAAACAUCUAUUUUGUGUUUUUAAUAUGCAGUUGUUUGAGAAGUAGCACUAUAUAUUAACUCGUGCACACUCACAUCAUGAAUUUAUUAGACAUGUUGGGGGGGAAAAACCCUGAAUAGCAAAAUAAAUGAGUGUUUUUAGAUUCAAACCUCACUCAUGUAGUGGCCUCCAGAAGUAUGAGACUUCAAACCUGGAAUACGCAUGAUUUUAAAUCAUAAAUGAAGCAUUAAAAAAUAGAUUCUGCACUUAAAAGACAAAGCAAAUACUGAGAACUUUUAAAUUAUUAUGCUAAUAAUAUACACUAUCAUUCAAAAGUUUGCGGUCAGUAAGUAUGUUUCAGAAAUUAAUACUUUUAUUCAGAAAUUAUGCAUUAAAUUGAUCAAAAGUGACAGUGAAGACAUUUACGCUACCAGUCAAAAGAUUUUUAAUGUUUUUAAGGAAGUGUUAUUUGCUCACCAAGUCUGCAUUUAUUUGAUCUGAAGUACAGCAAAAACAGUAACAUUUUUGAAAUAUUUUUAUUAUUUAAAAUAACUUUUUAACUGUAAAAUAACUGCUACUCAGCUGUUUUCAACAUAAUAAUAAUAAUAAAUAUUUUUUGAGCAGCAAAUCUUAAUAUUCGAAUGAUUUCUGAAGGAUCAUGUGACUGGAGUAAAAAUUCAGCUUUGAAAUCACAGAAAUAAAUUACAAUUUAAAACGUAAUCAAAUAGAAAACAGUUAUUUUAAAUAGUAAAUAUAUUUAAAAAGUUUACUGUUUUUGCUGUACUUCAGAUUAAAUAUAUGCACUUUAAAAAAACAUUAAAAAUCUUACUGUUCAAAUACUUUUGACGCAUAGUGUACAAUGUUACAAAAGCUUUCUAACGUGAUAAUUGAUCAGUUUUCACAAAAAUAUAAACUUCAAUAUAAAAAUGUAAUAUUGAAAUAUAUAUAUUUUUAACAUUUGUAAUAAUAAGAUGUUUCUUGAGCUGCAAAUCAGCAUAUUAGAAUGAUUUCUGAAGAAUCAUGUGACGCUGAAAACUGGAGUAAUGAUGCUGAAAAUUCAGCUGCGCAUCACAGGAAUAAAUUAUAUGUUUAAACAGUAAAACAUAAUUUAAAAUUAUAAUAGUAUUUCACAGUAUUGGUGUUUUUACUGUAUUUUUGAUCAAAUAAAUUAGUUUAAAAACAUUAAACAAUCUUACUUAACCUAAACUUCUGAACAACAGUGUAAUUUCCCAUUAAAAAUGUUAUAUUAAAUCAUAAAUGUCUCAUAUUUUUGGAGCAGGCUGUAUGUCAGUGUUUACAAUAGUAGCUCAUCAAAACAAAAGGGACAGUUGUGUUUUAUUUCCCUUUUUUUUUAAUGUGUGAGUGUGUGCAUCUGCACGUCGUACAUCCGUGCGUUUGAUAAAGGUGGCAGUAAACCUGUUUCCAAACCUGCUUUUAAUGUCCUCAGGAAAAAGCAACAGACAGAAAAGAGAACAUCCUGUUCAGCUCGGCUUUCAUUUCCUGCUGGGCUUUUUGCGUUCUUCUGCGAAACUGGUGUUUGAUUAUGGAGCAAAUUAAAUCCAGCUUCACGUGGAGGGGCUGAAAGCUUUACAGGGAUCACUAGCGGCACGAAGAAACACUCCAAGAGUCAAAAAUAGCGUUUGUAUCAUGAUCAGUAAGUCAUCAAAAUAAAUGAACCAAUUUUAACUUGAGCUAAAAUGACACAUGCACAGCCAAUUUGAUUUUUAAAACGUACUGAAAAAUUGAAGUUAGCAACUGAAUGUUUUUAAGUUGAAGUAGGUAGAAUUAGUUUCCAAUAAACCUACUGUAUUUGUGCCAUUAAGUUGUUCUCUGGUUAAAUCAGUGGUCAUGUGCUGAUCUCAGAUUGUCUAUGCAAGUACUUUCAUAGUGAAGUAGCGGAGGUUUAUGUGAGCGGGCGACAGUCGUGUUUCCUUUGACAUUCAAAGACCUUUCAGCUCAGAAUCUUGUUCUUGUUCUCUGCCGGAGAGUAACCAAUCAUUACCAUGAAUUUCUUACUGCAGUCCAACAUCUUUACAUCCCCCAGCAGGAUUAUGACGACAUUCAGAAGUUGUUUUUGUUUUCACAAAGACUCAUUAUGCUAUGAAUGCCUUUUAUAUAUGCUUAUAGUCAGAUGCUGUUUUAUAGACCUGUUUUUGAGCUGAAAAGCAAAGGAAAUUGGAAGAAAACCGUUUGUUUUUUAUGAAUCUGUACAGUGAGAUAUGACUGAGUUGAUUUACUGGAUUACCAUGUUGGUUUUGGCAUUGAUUUUAAUAUAUAUAUAUUUUUUUUAAAUUAGUGCUGUUAAAUCGAUUAAUCGCAUCCAAAAUGAAAGUUUGUGUUUGCAUUACACACAUACAUGUAUAUAUUUAAGAAAUACUUACGUGAAUAUACAUAAACACACUACUAGUCAAAAGUUUUUUAAAAGUAAGAUUUUUAGUGUUUUAAGUCUCUUUGCUCAUCAAGCCUGCAUUUAUAAUAUAAGUACAGCAAAAACAGUACAAUUUGGAAAUAUUUUUACUGUUUUAAAAUAAAGUUUUCUAUUUGAAUAUAUUUAAAAAUAUAAUUUAUUUCCGUGAUUUCAAAGCUAAAUUUUCAGCAUCAUUACUCCAGUCUUCAGUGUCACAUGAUCCUUCAGAAAUCAUUCUAAUAUGCUGAUUUGCUGCUCAAGAGGUUUUUAUUUUAUUAUUAUUAUUAUCAGUAUUUAAAACAGUUGCAUAUAUAUCAUUAAAAGCUUUGAGUCAGUAUAUAUAUAUAUAUAUAUAUAAUUUUUUUUUUUUUUUUUUUUUUUUUUAAAUUUUUGUAAAAAUAUUUUUUUAAUUUUAAAAAUUAAUACUUUUAUUUAGCCAGGAUGCAUUAAAUUGAUUAAAAGUGAUCAUAAAGACAUUUUUAAUGUUACAAAAGAUUUUUAUUUUAGAUAAAUGCUGUUCUUCUGAACUGAAAAAAAUUCAGUUUUCAACUUAAUAAUAAUAAUAAUAAUAAUAAUAAUAAAGAUUUUUCGAGCAGCAAAUCAGCAUAUUAGAAUGAUUUCUGAAGGAUCAUGUGACUAGUGUAAUGAUGCUAAAAAAUCAGCUCUGAUCACAGGAAUAAAUUACAUUUUAAAAUAUAUUCAAAUAGAAAUCAGUUAUUUUAAAUGGUAAAAAUAUUCAAAUUGUUACUGUUUUUAUUGUAGUUUGGAUUAAAUGCAGGCUUCUUGACUUCUUCAGAAAACAUUAAACUGUUCAAAAACUUUUGACUGGUAGUGUAUAUGAUUUCUAUUACAUGAAAAUAUAAAUAUAUAUCAUCUAUAUUUCUUAAAUAUAUAUAUAUGCAUGUGUGCAUAUUUAUAUAUACAUAUUAAUAUACACAGUAAACAUGUAAACACAAACUGUUAUUUUGGAUGCGAUUAAUUGCGAUGAAUUGAUUUGACAGCACUAUUUCUUCUAUAUACAGAUCUGAAAAGAGAAGGACUAGUUUUAUUGUGUACGUUAGCAAUAGCAACUUGGGAAACUACUGUAGUUAUGCAACAUUACAGCUCAUCUAUGUGUUGAUGUUUCCUCGUGAACUGUAAUAUGUGUAUAUAUAUAUACAUUAUAAGCUGAUUUACCACAGUGGCUAACAUACAUUCGGCAAAGAGUUUUUAGUUUUUAUGACAUAUAUGAAGUUAUAUCUUCUAUUUAAUAUUAAACGAUAUAUUUUCACUGCUGUUUACUGGAAAAUAAAACUGAAUUGCAUUAAUCUCCACAGUGAUGGAUGGUUUUAGUUUCUGGUGAAGAGGGAAAGAUUUACUUUUCUAAACAAUGUGUAGAAAAUACCUUCUAGAAAAAUUACAAAACACAAAAAAUCACUUGUAAAUCUCUUGUCAUGCUAUUAUCACCAAAUAUUGGAUUCAGAUCGUUUCCUUUCUUGUUUUGCUUUUAGGAACUGAUUAGUCACAGGUCUCAUUCAUCGGAGCAGUUUUUGAGCGACAAGGCAUUAUUUGUGGAUACUUUUGUUGAUAUUCUCUCAAAAACUGAGGUCUGUGAUCAGUCAGUUGCAAAAAAGAAAACCAAAACCUGUGUUGAUUGAAAGAAAUGUUGUUAAAAUCCAAUAUUUGUGAUAAUAUAGCAUAACUAGCAAUGUAAAAUCUCCCAGUUUAGAUUUGGGAUCUAUGCAAUCCCCGUAUUGUCGCGUCCUGUGGCUUUAAGGUGGUUUUGUCUCUUGUAAAGACGUCUGACGUCUUAAAAUGUCCACAGCUGGUGUUCAGCGUCCUCCUGAGAUCAUUGACCGUAGGGAAUCAUCUGUUCGGUGGCUGAAUUAUUGAGUACUUUUGAGUGUAUAUAUUUCUUUGAAGCCUGUAUGUUGGAUGUCCAGUGUUGGGAUUUGGGCAUUUCUUGUGUUUUUGGAGGUUGUGGUGCAGAUUCUGCCUGUUGAAGUGUCCUCAAGUCUGCCAUCAGUUGUGUGGUCGGUGCUGUUGAGAGCUACAAAUUGUCUACGAAUUCAGUAUAAAUCCUUACAAUUGACUGUAUAACUGUCCUGCAGGAAACUAGAGAAGAAUUGGACUGCGUUUACAUUCAUCUCAUGAAUAUGUAUUUGAUAAUUUCCUGUAGAUGUCCACUGUCCGGUCAGACUGGAGCUAAGGGAAUUUUUGUUUGUCGUUUCUUCUGUGUCUCAUAAUGCCCACAGUGCUUGUGGAUGUUUGUUCCUGUAUUUUCUUAGCAACACUGAAACAAGCAACAGUUAUUCUGAUUUCUUUUUGUACUCUUCAAUAUAUAGUUUUUUUUUUUUACUUUUUAGGAAAAAUGUAUAAAUAAAGUUGUAAAACAGC